AUGGCUGGUCUAGCCAAUACGCUGAACAAGCUCACCGAACAAGCUCUCAUUGGUGGAGUGGGGGAGGUGGUGUUCGACCACCUGCACGCCACUACCCGCUUCCCCUUCUUUGGAUCCCCUUCCCCGCCAAUCCCCAUCCCCCCUGCCCUUCCUUCUUGGCACACAAGCGCAGAUCGAGAAGCAGGUGGAGGAGGUGCUGUUCGACGACCUGCACGCCACUAUCUACUUCUUCCCCCUCCUUCACUCCCCUCCCUUCUCUCCUUCGUUCCGCAACUCGCACACUCACCUGCGCAGAUUGAGAAGCAGGUGGAGGAGGUGUUAUUCGACGACCUCCACGAUACGGCGUUCCAGUUCAGUCCGCUGGGGCGCACCGUCCUGGACUCCGCGGACAACGUGCGCCCCAUCACGCGCGACGACCUCGAGAAGUACAUCGCGACGCACUAUACCGGGCCCCGCAUGGUGAGCUUAUAG